AAGUAACUUCCACGUAAUGUAUCGUGUGUGACAUGGCCUAAUGCUGACAUGUUUGUGUUGGACGUGUGGACCUUGAGCCGCUUUGUCGUUUUCUAUUCGUAAAAGAGCGAAUUUUACAUCCAGUAUCCGGUGGCUAGCACGAUGCUAACGUUUGCAAACACUGCACACACACACACACACACACACUUUCGGUAUGUCAACUAGUCGCCUCCUAACACUGUGGCAGUCCGUAGUGAGGCUCUCGUGCACUUUCACUUUCACCAUACGUGUCGUUAAACUUUAGCCCCGUUAGUCACACCUGUUGUGUUGUCACGAGUCGAACACAGCACCUGUUAUUCUCUGCUCUGGUGGAGCUGGACAUUUCUAGUUAGAUCUGUGGUUUGGUGAGAGGUAUGUAGUCUACCUUGGAAUCCCCCUCCUGGACUUUUAUUUUAUACUUCCUUUUUUUUUAAAAUCCUACCCUCAUUGUGAUUAUACUGUUCAGAGUAAUGUAUUUUGGGAGACUGUUGUGUCGUGUUGAGACAUAUUUCUAAUAAUCAAAGAGAAAGUAAUCAAAUCUAGUGUUUUGUCCACCCCAUUUACAAAGGUAGUGGAAUAAACUGAUUGUUAUUCAGCUUUGACUAUAGUGGUGUGUGUGUGUGUGUGUGUGUGUGUGUGUGUGUGUGUGUGUGUGUGUGUGUGUGUGUAUCAGACUUAUCUCUUCAUAGCUUCACAUAAAUGUCCUCAGAUGAUUACUUGAAAGGAUGGAGAAGCGAUUGAAAUGACAAAUCCGUGUGUUUUGAAUAUCUCUCACCCUGAACCCUAAACUUUAUGCAUAUAUGUUAAAGGUCUUAGCUGGUUCCACGGUAUUCAAAGUAACGCAAGUGGCACUGAAUGUAUUUUGCAGAAUCGCAUCACUUUUCAGUUAUUCUUUGAUGAUAAUUACAUUUGUAUCGUAUUUUAUUGAGACAAAAUAUUUGGACAGCUUGCGUUAGGAAGAACGUAUCUUUUGAGAUGAUUGUCGUUGUAUUCGAUGCAAACGGGGGAAACGCUUUUUGCAGAGAAUCAUUUUCAAACCUCUCAAAGUAAGUUAUCAACAGAAGUUGGCCUAUCAUAUUGGUAUAUUGUAUCAAUGCUAUCAUAGACAUGUUUCAAACAAUAGCUGGUCCCAUAACUGAUUUUGAUGGAAAUGCAGAUGGCAGUGGGGAUAUUAUUUUGAAAUAGUUUUUGAAGAAUCAUCAAGGCUGUAAAAUUUGGUCAGAAAUGUAUUAUUAGAUAAAUAAAUAAAUGACUGUCAUGUACAGUACACAGCAGCAAGACGGGAUUUGACAUGCACAAGUAUGCAGAAUGCCGGAAGCUUCGCUACCUGGAAUUAAUAGUAAAACAGCUCACAUAUUCAGUUUUUCUGCAUUUAUUUGUUUUAAAAGUAUUAAAGAGACAACACCCAAGCAGCUCCUCCCCUGGGGGAUUUAUUUCCACAAGCAUCGCCUAUAAACUAGUGUCAGAUUGGUAAGGAAGGCGUUGUGGUACGAACGUUUUGGAUUUCAAUUUGUUUUCUUUCUUGCUGAUACAAUUUCCCCAAACUUUUUUUUUUUUUUUUUUUUGCAAAAGCACAAUGAUCACAAAGGGGCAGUUGCAGCCUGGGCGUCAUAUGUUGUGUGUGUUUGUAUGCAGAGGGGAAGAACUUCAGACGAGGUGCACUGUUAAAUGAGUUCUACCACCAAAUUAUGCCUUGAUAAAGAAAUAGCAAUUUACUCUCAAAAUGUGAUAAAUAGUGCGAGCGCAGUCGUUUGAGGAAUAAAUGUUGCAAAUGUUGAUUAUUAAUUAAGUGCGUGGCUAAUAUGGAGGAUUGCUGGCUGAUGCCGCUUCAGAGCUGCCCGGCUUUUUGGACUCUUCUGGCUCAUUGUUUUGGUUUUACAGGAACGUACUGUGUGGUUCAAACAGCAGCAGGUAUCUAUUUUUAGCCAACAAGCUCUGCUAAACCCACUGUACACUCUUUCCCCAGCACCAAACUGCACACAAAGUGAGCAACUAACAAGCGAGCAUCUAGCGAGAGAUCCAGAGAGGUUUCUCAGGGCUCGGUUGAGUCCAAAUCGGAGCAUAAAGGAGAGUAAACAAAGGACUUGCAUUCAUCAGAUGGCCAGAAACCCAAUAACAGUCCAUUUUUAGCUCACAUGUAAGCCAUCACAGCGUUGAAAGUCAAUGAUAUGUCAGGCUGCUGUUGGGUCCUCUUCCCCCCCCAAGUAACCAAAUACUCAGUUAAAGCAGCUUCAAAGGUUUGGUCUCCUCGCUAUUUCUACUUGAUCGUUUCUCUGCUAAAUGUGUGUUUGUUUACACACAACUUUUUAAAUUGUCUGACACUGUACUCUUUGUUGAGUCACUGGUCACUCACGUUGCUUUGAGUGUGAUAUUGUACCCUUUUAUUUUUUAUUUUUGAAAGCAAUUUUAUGACUGGUUGCCUACAUGUGGUGAUUUCUAGUUUCCUGGCUGAUCCCUUUUGAUCAAAUGAGUCAUAAGUGGAGGUGAGUGAAAUGUCGAGUUUGUCCCCUGUAGCACGGGUUCUUUGAGAAGCCGGCACUUAAUGAGUAGGAGGGAGAACGCGUAAGCAAUAGAGACAGAGCUAGUGAGUGAGCGAGAGAGGGAGGUGUGUCAUGCACUGGAUUACAACCAGUAUGUGUUUGGGAGACGGAGACUACUGCGACUUUUACGAGGCAUUGAGCUUUAAUUCAACCUUUUGUAAAAAGGGGUAGACAAAAGUUUCAGCAGAAAGUUGUACAGAGCACUGAUUCAGCGCUUUAAACAGGAGCCAUCGCUGGCACAGCAGAGCCCAGUAGACAGGAGGAGAGGGAGGGAUCGGAAGAGGAGCGCCCAGACCAACUGUCUACAGCCCUGGCUGGCAGCAUGGGUGAAGAAGGGCCUCCCAGCCUGGAGUACAUCCAGGCCAAGGACCUGUUCCCCCAGAAGGAGCUGGUGAAGGAGGAUGAAAGCCUUCAGGUGCCAUUCGCAGUUCUUCAGGGGGAAGGGGUGGAAUAUCUUGGCUGUGCCGAUGAGGCCGUCAUUGCCAUUUCUAACUACAGGCUCCACAUCAAGUUCAAGGACUCUGUCAUCAACACCUACCCAGGUGUGGACAGUGAGAUAUCUGUGCCUCUCAGGCUCAUAGAUAGCGUGGAGAGCAGAGAUAUGUUCCAGCUGCACAUCAUCUGCAAAGACUCCAAAGUUGUCAGAUGCCACUUUGCAACGUUCAAGCAAUGCCAGGAGUGGGUCAAGCGUCUGAACCGGGCCAAAGCUCACCCGUCCCGGCUGGAGAACCUGUUCGCUCUGGCCUAUCAUGCCUGGUGUCUGGGAGGCAACGCUGACGACGAAGACCAGCACAUUCAUCUCUGUCGCCCAGGUGAUCACGUGCGUCAGAGAAUGGAAAUGGAGGUCAAGAGGAUGGGCUUCGACACGCAGAACGUCUGGAGAGUGUCGGACAUAAACUGCAAUUUCAAGCUGUGCGCCAGCUACCCACAGAAGCUUCUGGUUCCAAUAUGGAUCACAGACAAGGAGCUGGAGAGUGUGGCUUCCUUCAGAUCCUGGAAGAGGAUCCCUGUGGUGGUCUACAGGCACCAGAAGAACGGGGCAGUGAUCUCCCGAUGCAGCCAGCCCGAGAUCAGCUGGUGGGGCUGGAGGAACACCGAUGACGAGUACUUGGUGACAUCCAUCGCCAAGGCGUGUCAGAUGGACACCGGAGCCAAGGGUACCUGUGGAGCACAAGGCUGUCGACAGCGUGGGGAAGCUCCCGACUCCUCCGAUAGUGAUUUUGACUCGUCUCUGACGGGCGGCUCUGGCUGCGAUGAAAACACUGUGCCACAGAAGCUGCUGAUUCUGGACGCUCGCUCGUACACCGCUGCAGUGGCCAACCGAGCCAAGGGCGGAGGCUGCGAAUGUGAAGAGUACUACCCCAAUUGCGAGGUGAUGUUCAUGGGGAUGGCCAACAUCCACGCCAUCAGGAACAGCUUCCAGGCUCUGAGGACCGUCUGCAGUCAGAUCCCGGAUCCAGGAAACUGGCUUUCGGCACUUGAGAGCACCCGUUGGCUGCAGCACCUGUCCGUCAUGCUGAAGGCAGCCACUCUGGUGUGUUCUGCGGUGGAGAGGGACGGCCGUCCUGUCCUGGUGCAUUGUUCGGACGGGUGGGACCGCACACCACAAAUUGUAGCCCUCUCCAAGGUCCUGCUCGACCCCUACUACAGGACAUUAGAGGGCUUCCAGGUGCUUGUGGAGACCGAAUGGCUGGACUACGGUCAUAAGUUUGGGGACCGCUGUGGCCACCAGGAGAACGCCGACGAUGUCAGCGAGCAGUGUCCCGUCUUCCUGCAGUGGCUGGACUGUGUUCACCAGCUGCUCAAACAGUUCCCCUGCCUCUUUGAGUUCAACGAGGCCUUCCUGGUCAAGUUGGUGCAGCACACGUACUCGUGUCUUUACGGGACCUUCCUGUGCAACAAUGCUCGCGAGAGGGAGAUGAGGAACAUCUACAAACGUACCUGCUCGGUGUGGUCUCUGCUUCGCAACGGAAACAAGAACUUCCAGAACUUCCUCUACAUCCCCAGUCAUGAUAUGGUGCUGCAGCCAGUGUGCCACACACGAGCGUUACAGCUGUGGACAGCUGUCUACCUGCCCACCUCGUCCCCCUGCACCGCUGUGGACGAUUCUAUGGAGCUCUACCUCCCCCCGAGUGUCACAGGAGAUGAACUCACCUCCCGGUCCCUGGACAGACUUCCCAAGACCCGCUCCAUGGACAACCUGCUAUCAGCGUUUGAGAACGGGAUGCCCCUGACACGCACUUCCAGCGACCCAAAUCUCAAUAAGCACUGCCAGGAGGGUCGCUCUGCCCCCGAGUCCUCCCCAGCCAUGGAAGGAACCUCUGCGCACGUCUUUGAGGUCGAACCUGACGCUGGACUGGACAGCAGUGAGGGGGAACCUCUGCAUCCGAGUCCUACCAAGACCCCAGAGGUUGUCCCGGAUGCAGAGGGCUGUGAAGACACAGUUGAGGAGCCCUGUCUCACCACACAGCCCCUGCCCUCUCUACCCCUCUCCCCGGUCCUUCUCAGUGAGGACGUCCCACUCGCUCACACUCCCUUCCCCACUCCUGUCCUUCAACAGGCUUUGCCUCAGAUCACUAACUCUCCACUCCCUCCACCCCCGCUGGAGGCUGAGAGCCCCCGUAGGACUGCUGAAAGCACCACGUCACCCACUCACAGGUCAGAGCCCUGCUUACCUCUCCCCUGCAAGGGCACCGAGCCUGCAGCACCCACCUCGCUGCUUAACGGCCACGCUGACGGCCUCCCAGAACCUGCAGACCUGCUGGAUCUGAAGCAGCAAACACCACUCCUUCCCAUGGAGGACUCCACAGAGACUCUCACAGGUGAGGGAGAGUUUCCCCCUGCCCUGCCACCCACAGUGAGCCAGGACCUCACCGAGAAUAAUUUGAAUGAGGAGGAGAAGCCUAAGUCACAGGCCCUGGUUCAACCCCAGAAGGAGAAAGGGGACAUGAGCACAGACGUAGGGAAAGCAAAAGAGCGUGUGUUGACGGUUGCAGUAGCUCCUGUAGACUGUAACCAGGUAGCGCCUCGCCACCUGAUCCCCCAGAGCCAGUUCACAGACCUGUCCUUGCUCGGCUCCCACUGGGAGAGCGUCCAGGGUCUGGUACAGUCUGCCUGCAGCAGUGCCAGUCACUAUGGCGCCAGCCGGGCCCUGCAGCACAACACUUACCAGAGCCGUCGGCUUGCCAGUAAGCUGCUCCGCUCCCAGGGCUUCGCCAUCGGGUCCCAGUGCUACCGUAGAGAGGCUCUCUGUUAUCCCAGCAGCCCUCUGCAGGCUGGAUGGCUGUCUGCUGCCAGGAGUGCAGGCUACACCGGUCUGUGUGGGUCUGCUGCCGCUGCCCUCAACAGCUACUCCCUGGCGGGUCAUCAGCUCCUGCCCGCCUCGUACUCCUCGCCCUCCGCUUCCAGCUCCCCUCCCCCGCCCCAGACCCCAGCGUACCUCGAUGACGACGGGCUUCCGGUGCCCAUGGAUGCCGUGCAGCAGAGACUGCGGCAGAUCGAGGCCGGCUACAAGCAGGAGGUGGAGGUGCUGAGGCAGCAGGUGCGACAGCUGCAGAUGAGGCUGGAGAGUAAACAGUACAGUACGCCUCCCUCAGAGCCCGACAUCGACUAUGAGGACGACAUCACCUGUCUGCGAGAGUCGGACAACAGUAACGAGGAGGAUUCUCUGUCGACCCACAGUGAGGACCGUCUUUCUGAGGGCAGCUGGGAUCGAGUGGAACCCAAGGACACAGAGGUCACGAGGUGGGUGCCUGACCACAUGGCCUCCCAUUGCUUCAACUGUGACUGUGAGUUCUGGAUAGCCAAGAGGCGUCAUCACUGCAGGAACUGUGGCAAUGUGUUCUGUAAAGACUGUUGUCACCUGAAGCUGCCCAUCCCAGACCAGCAGCUGUAUGACGCGGUGUUGGUCUGCAACACCUGCCACGACCUGCUCCUCGAGGCCCGCACCCGCGAGAUCCGCAGCCAGCAGCUCAAGAAGGCCAUCACCACAGCCUCCAGCUGAGAAGUGUUGCGUAGCAUGGCCCGCCUCGGCUCUGUCCUGCUCGUUUAGCUGAGCGCCCCGUUGUAACCCCAACCUGCUGUGGUUUUGACUGCAGGGGCUGCAGGAAAUUCUUGCUCUUUGGGAGGCUCUAUUUGGGAGCAGAGAUGCUCUGUGAAGACGGUCUGUCUGAAAGGCGGAGAGGAGGAAAAGGUGUGAGAUGGAGGUGUGUCAGCGGGGGAGGUUUUCCUUUUUAGAACAAAACCUCCUGUUGGAAGACACUUUCAGCCUGGAGCACUGAGGCGUCGAGUGGCCUCCACACAGCUCCGUCCUCUAGCGGUGCCCGGUCCGAGACACAUCUCCAACCUGUCCACCCCAUUAGAGUCACGCACCUUUAGUACCAAACACCUGCACCCUCCUUAUAGACACUGUCUCGUACUUCAGAGGACAAUCUAUCACCCUUCCACGUGUCGGGGACUCCAAAGCCUUUACCUGUACUACUGGAGGCUUUCAACUUUAAAAGAAAAAAAAAUUGCUGCUACAGUAUUUAAAAGUCUAAUUUUGUAUUCUUAUUUUGUGCACUACUAGCUGUCGUGUUUUUGAGGGAAUUUGAGACCAAACUUGAGCAAAAGGGAGAAAUCUGCUGUUUACUUAGUCAUUGCAUCGUUUUCUUGGAGCCUGAAUGUAAUAUGUAAAUGGAUAACUGGAUCGAGUUUAUGUUCUCGUGCAUUUGGUGGGUCGUAUAUGUGUUCAUUGCUGCAAUGUGUUUUCAAAAUUAUGUAUAUGCACAGUCAACGUGGUUCCGUCUUUAUCAAUGCUUUUCUCCAGUAUAGCCAUGUCGUGGCAUUCGACGCUCUGAGGGAUGCGUGUGGACCGACAGAUGCAGUGUGCGUUUGUUUUGUGGGAAGUGUGCAAAGAGGAAGAGAACACGACAUCAUUGGGCAAAGCAGAUUUCUGUAAUAUCUACUUCUACUGUGAGAAUAUUACAUCUGAUGGUACUGUAUUCUGUGACGUGUGAAUGAAUGGCUUGGUGUCCACAUGAAGCUUGAUGUCCAUCUGACUGACUCCUACUCAGAUUAACUGGCGGUGAAGACUGGACAAAGUGCUCGGAGUUUCUUCUUCUGUUUAGGGGAGUUUGGCCACAGUCCGCUUUUAAAAAGAUGUUUGUGUCUCCUGGUUGUUCUUUGAGACAAUAGUGCCAUAUUACGUUCCGUCUCAUUUUAAAGCCUUUUUUUUUUUUUUUCUUCCUCUGGAUGGCAGCAGGUUUCUAAUUGGCCACCUAUCUCUAUGUUGUAAUGGUACAGAUAGAUGGAUAGCAGCUUAAUUGAGACAACUAAAGAUUAACAGAUGGUUCAGUUUGAUAAUGAGGCUAACCGUUUUAAUGGUUGAUGGGAUGUCACUGAGUUAGUUAACCUGUGUGAUUUUUCCAUUGUCUAAUAUUUGGGAUUUUUUCACACAGUGUCCAUGAAGUCAAAAUCUUUAAGAGGAACUCAGAAAUAUAACACGCAGUUUUCUGAUCCGUAGUGGGGGCUAAAACAUGUCACUUAAUGAAUAAUUGUUGUAAAGAAAUGCACUGUAAAAGUUAAAUCCCAUGGGUUAAAAUAAAAGAUUAUAUCGUG